CUCCAUUACUUUUAAAACCACAAAAGAAAAGCAGGCUGAAUGAUUCAUGGAUUGGAUCUACCAUGACAAUUUGAAAUUGGCAAAUUUGGAGCACUUAAUACAAAUUACAUACACUGCAUUUCCAAAUAAAGAUUAAAUAAAGCCAAGCUUAGUCAGUGCACUGCACUAUAUUAUUUGAUUCACCAGGACAAGGACUUUAAAAAAACAAAAAAAAAAAACAGAAAAGUCUAUUAAAAUUCAUGAAACAUACUAUGUGUUAUUGUGAUUAGUUUCAAUAAUAGUAAGUAAUAAGCUUGAGAAGGAACAGGUGUAUGUGGCUUUCACACCCAAGCCAUUAAUUCCUUUUUAUUAGCUUCAUAAAACCGUAAUUACUAUGGGUCUCAAAGCUUAUUUUACCAGCAUGGAAAGAACAACUCUUAGUUAAGUCUUUUCCUGUUUUACACAAGUAGCAUUUGAGCACUAACUAAACAGUUUCAGCUGGAGUACAAAGAAGACAGCGUAUCUUUGACUGGGGUAUCUGACACGCUCCAAUUACCGAACAUGUCACUGCACUUGCAUAUGCAAAGAUCUCACCAUUUAUCAAAGACUCGCCCUCAAGGCAAAUGAAUGGAACAUCUGGAUUUCAAGAGUGUUUAACCUAGCAUCUGGCGAGACCUCGUGAGAUGAUGUGUAUUUCCCUGCACAAUGACUCAUGAUAAAGAUGUAUGUGUGCAAUGAAAGCCGCUGAUGACCCACCUUUACCAUCGUCUGCACUGCAAGAAUGAGUUACAAUAUUGGGAGUCUAGCCAAGAUAUACACAAUAUGUGCAGAACAUGCUCAAAAGAUCAUUGUCUAGGGAAAGACAGUCUUCUAAAAGCAAACCUGACUGCCCACUAAGACCUGGAAGAGCUCUUUGUAUCCAGGGAGGUUUAUAAUUAUACACCAUUUAAAAAAAGAAACAGCCUCAAGAGACAUAUCUGUGGACUGGCUGUCGACAACGUCCCUGACCAAGGAGAGAAGAGCAGGCAAUCUGAGAACAAGGGGAAAAAAGGGCCACCGGCUGCAAAAUGAUGUCUCUCAAGGAGCUGUGUGCCUAUGAAACACCAUCCGUUGCUGAACUGCAGAACUUCCUGCUGGCUGACAGACGGCCCACUGGACAUGUCAACCAAGUGUGGCCUAAUGUGUACAUUGGCAAUGAGGUUGCGGCACGAGACAAGUCUAUGCUGUACAAUAUGGGGAUCACACACAUUGUGAAUGCUGCUAGUGGACCCCCUCAUGUCAACACUGGAGCCCGCUUUUACAGAGACAUGUCUAUAGAUUACUAUGGAGUGGAGGCUGAUGAUUCCUCAGACUUCAUCUUAAGUGUGUUUUUCUAUCCAACAGCAAGGUUCAUACGAGCUGCACUGUCAAAAAAUGGAAGAGUGUUUGUCCACUGUCUGAUGGGAGUGAGUCGCUCUGCCACUCUAGUGUUGGCCUUCCUCAUGAUCUGUGAGGAUCUUACUCUAAUGGAGGCUGUUAAAGCUGUACGGCAACACAGGGACAUCUGUCCUAAUCCUGGCUUUCUUAACCAGCUUCGACAUCUUGACAUGAGCCUCGUCCGAGAGAGGAAGAAAAAACUGGAAGCUUACAAAUUAAAAGCUCCUAAAGAAAAACCACUGGCCUCUCAACUGCAGGAAGCAUAUGAGACGCCAUCUAUAUCAGAUCUGCGGUAUCUGCUGCUGACUAACAGACAGCCUUUAGGACCUAUCAGUCUUAUCUGGCCCGGCCUGUACAUUGGAGAUGAGUCAACGGCUCGUGAUAAAGGACUCCUUGCUGAUCUGGGAAUCACUCAUGUUGUAAACUGUGCCGACGGACCGCAUCGCAUCAACACAGGCGCCCAGUUCUACUCAGACAUGAGUAUAAGUUACUGUGGAGUCGAGGCUUCAGAUCACCCACUGUUUGAUUUGAGCCAGUAUUUCAGCUCUACUGCAUCCUUCAUUAAGGCUGCACUCACUCAAAAUGGUAAAGUGCUGGUCCACUGUGCAAUGGGAGUCAGUCGCUCCGGAGCCUUGGUCCUGGCCUUCCUCAUGAUGUACGAGAACCUCACCCUCAAAGACGCCAUCAUCGCUGUCCGAUUGAACAGGGACAUCUAUCCCAACUCAGGCUUUUUAGAACAGCUGAGAACUCUGGACAACCAUUUGAAGAGAUAG